GAAUAGAAAAGGCACGAUGUCGCUGGCGAUCAAAAUAGCGAUGCUCAUCGCAAUCGCAUCGUUAAUCAACAAGUGAAGUGGUAUCGGUCGGCGUGGUAGUGAACUUUGGAUAUUCUUUUUAUUUUAUUAUUGUUCAAAGAAAAAAGUUGUCCUUUUUUACAGUUAUUUAUUUUACAAAAUUUAUUAUAUUUUAAGCGUACUGCAAGUGUUCUAAAAUAUAAAAAUGAAUCAAUUAGGAAUUAUCGCAAGAAACUUCUCAAGUUCCAGUGCUGUCCAAAGUGCAAUCAAGAAUGUAACAGUUAUUGGAGGAGGCCUAAUGGGCUCUGGCAUUGCCCAGGUGACAGCCCAGGCUGGCCAAAAUGUAACCCUUGUAGAUGUCAGCUCAGAUGUCUUAGCAAAAGCUCAAAAGUCCAUCGCUAACAACCUCGGUCGUGUCGCCAAGAAGGUCUACAAAGACAAUCCUGCAGAAGGUGAAAAGUUUGUUGCGGAUGCUUUGGCAAGGAUCAAGACAUCCACAGACCCCGUGGAGCCUUCGAAGACAUCUGAUCUGGUGGUUGAGGCCAUUGUCGAGAAUAUAGAUGUAAAACAUCAGUUGUUCAAGAAGCUCGAUGCGGCAGCCCCCGCCCACACAAUUUUGGCAUCCAACACUUCAUCCCUCUCUAUCAAUGAGAUUUCUUCUGUGGUGAAAAGGAAAGACAAAUUUGGUGGGCUCCACUUCUUCAACCCGGUGCCUGUAAUGAGGCUUCUAGAGGUGGUCCGUGGGGCGGAGACUUCAGAAGACACGUACAAGAGCAUGAUGGCGUGGGGCAAGUCUGUGGGCAAGACGUGUGUGACCUGCAAGGACACGCCCGGCUUCGUGGUCAACAGGCUACUGGUGCCUUAUAUUUGUGAGGCUAUCCGGAUGUAUGAGAGAGGAGACGCUUCAGCCCGGGACAUCGACAUUGCCAUGAAGCUAGGAGCCGGCUACCCCAUGGGACCUCUCGAACUAGCCGACUAUGUAGGGCUGGACACCAACAAGUUUAUCUUGGACGGAUGGCAUAAGAAGUUCCCCGACCAGCCUCUGUUCAAACCCAUCCCACUGCUGGACAAAUUGGUGGCUGAGAAGAAGUUGGGAGUCAAGACUGGAGAGGGUUUCUAUAAGUAUGAUAAGAAAUAAGUGUUUUGUCUAGAUUGUUGAUUGAUCAUAAAUUUAUAUUAUACAAAUGUUAUUUAUGAGAUUUUUGCUGUAAUAAAGUCUGAAUUUACAUAUA